AUGGCCUCAGGAGUCACCUCAGUGGGUGUCCCUGAGGGGGCUGAUGCCUCUGGCUUUGGCUGCUCAGGUGUCCUGGCUGUGCUGGGGCUGGAGGCCGCGGCGCCGGGCGAAUGUGAGCUCACCCGCCUGCUCCAGGACAAGUUGCAGUACGAGAUGCGCCUGCAGUACAUGAAGCAUUACUUUCCUAUCGACUACACAGUCCAGGUCCAGUAUGAAGAGGUGCUGAGGCCAUCCAACAUCACCCGCCUGCGCAACGGGACAGUGUCGGAGGCAGCACUGCGGUACCUCUGGUUCCAUGUCAGCUCCCAGGCAGUGCUGCGGAUCCGUGAGGUGCUGCCAGAGAAGCACCCAUCCUGGAAGUACACCCAAGAACUCUGCCAGCUCUUCGAUGCCCUGGGCGAGGAAUACAGCAAGUACCGGCAGACAGAUGUGGAGACAGUGGUGGCCGAUCUGGUGAAGCUGAUCCACAGCGCGGGCGCUGAGAGCCGGAGCAAGGCCGUGCGCCCCAAGGCACUGCUGGACAACUGCCUCAAGGUCAUGCGGAUGCUCUACGGGGUGCCCUGUGAGUUGGGGAACAGGGUGGGGGGCCUCAUCUUGGGGAACGCAGGUGUCACACAGUGGGGUCCUGUCCCACUCCAUGGCACCUGUUCCUUCUGUUCAGGUCGGUGGGAGUCCACCUAACAUUGUGGAAGACUCCUGACUCGACACCUCCUUGCCCUGGAGCCUCGGAUGCUGCAUCUGCUCUGCUCCUCCCAGAGCCCCAUGGGGGCUUCCCAAGGAAAGGGCAAAUGCCACUCCUUCCAGGACCAAACAAAACCUCUUCCAGAACUGUGGGACUGUUUAUGGCUGUGGGAUCUUGUCCAUCCGAAAUGUCUGGCACCCUUUGCAUGGGUGUGGAGUCAGACACAGCCCCCCGUGGCAGGCAGCUGUUGGGGGGACACAGAGCCCUCCCUGACCACAGGGCAGGUGAGGGUAUCACCCUUUUUCUCUCGAUUUGUAUUUUUUCCUCAGCUUUCAUUAAACACCAGUUAAUUCUCUAGCAUUGCAGCUCAGCUUCCGACUGGGUCCUGGGAGCCUCCAGCCUUACCCGAAAUAAAGGACCAGCAAAGAGAA